CAUUCACAUUUACUAGAAAGUAACAGUACCAUGGAAACGUGAACAACAACACUGAUUCAUUCAUCUUCUUCAAAUUCAAUACAAAUUGAAGCUAUCAUCUGCUUCACUUUCUUGUAUAAUACGAUACAGACGAAAACCCUAAACCCUAGAAACAAUGGCGGGAAUAGCUAUACUUGCAGAUCUAUGGAGGAAGAAUCACAACUCUGCUGCAUCACACGCUUUUCAAUCUUCUUCCUCUUUUUCUGCUUCUGCUGCUGCUGCUUCAGCUGCUUCUUUUGCUGCAGGAACUACUUUUGCUUCAAGGAAUUUCUUUGGGUCACCAGUGGCAUAUUCUGAUGCUGGCGCAACAUUAUCUGAAGAUUUUAUUUCUAACAUACAAAGUGCUUCUGAAAAGAUUUACAAUUAUGACGUUGAAAGAUUCAGUACAAAAACGUACAAUGUCCAACCUAAACCUCUAUUCUCUGCUUUCGAAUUGAGGUCACUCGGAAUGACUUCAAUAAGGUCGUUCUUGAUGCACUAUUUGCCUCUUUUGGAACCGCGUGCGGAAAUGGAAGAUGAUGAUGAUGAGGACUUUCUGGAGGAACUUACAGGGGCAGAUCAAGAACGCCAUAUUGAUCUGGUCGUUCCCUUCAAAAAGUCGGUAAAACAAAUCAUCCGCGAGACAAGUGUUGUGACCACUAGAAGGAUUUUAGAAAGAAUUUCUGUUCAUUAUGUUUCACUGCGAAUGGCAUCCAAGCUUCUCAAAGAUGUUCCUAAAUCAGCUACUCGCAAGGCUGCAAGGAACUUGCCUACCCAUGUUUACUUCUUUUCUGUGAGCAGAACAACAUUCAGAGGGCACAUGCUAGGAGUUGCAGCAUCUUGGGUUGUCCAAGUAGGCAUUGACUUGUAUCGAUUCUUUAGGUCCAUUUUCAGGUCCAAUGAUGAAGAUAGUGAUGUCGAUACAACCGAGCAAGUUCGAAUUCUUGGACAGAAAGUUGCCCUUACUUCAAUAAGAUGUAGUUCAUCUUUAGUUUUUGCAUCCAUAGGUGCAGGAAUCGGUGCUACCCUUGUCCGUCCCUCACUUGGCCAGUGGAUUGGAUGUGCUGCUGGUGAUUUGGCUGGUCCAAUCAUUGUAGCAUUUUGUGCCGACAAAGCAUUUCAAGUGAACCUUUAGUUGUGGUUUUAUAUUUCUGACUUAAUUUUUACCAACCUCAAAAUGAAAGGUGUAUCUUCAAAAUUUUGGUAUUUUUAUAUGCCAUAUCUCAAUGAGCGGAAAGAAUUUGUAACA